GGCUACAUUUUGGGAAUGCCUAUUGGUUACUGACAUUCGAUGUGUUAUUUCACAGGACUGGAGCUCAGUAGCAAACGAGCUAAAACACUGGUUUGUUUGAACGUUUGUAAGAAAAGAAAAAAAACCAUUGUAUAUGUAACCGGUUCGGUUAAUCUAAGCACCGGUAUUACCUUGUAAAUGAAAGGUUUAGUCACGAGUUGUCUAAUAGCUGGUCACACAGGUCAGUUAGCUAGCUGUUGCUGUAGGUAGAGUAGCUAGCUAAUGUCAAGUGACAGCAGCCAACAUUUUUUGUUUAUGUUUACAAAGAAGCUAGUUACCAUUCUCGAGACUGCCGUGCUUUGCAGUGAUUGAUGGUGGUUAGUUUGCUCAUCAACUCAGUGUGAGAUGCCUUCAAGUAAACGGUCGAGGAAAGAUGACGCACCGCUGGAACUGGGGUGUGAGUGGGGCUCCUGUGAAGAGUCGUUGGAUCGGAUGGAGGACUUCUGCAAGCAUGUUGAGUGUCACCUCAAGGCGUUAAGCAUACCGGACGGUGACAGUUACCCACUAGACGGACACAAUUGUUUAUGGCGAGAUUGCGGCUUCUGCUCUGUGGAGAGUGAAGACGAGUUGUUCCGCCAUGUUUACUUCCACUGUUACCACACUAAACUGAAGCAGUGGGGGAUGAGGGUGCUCAAGGCCCAGCCCAGCCACGGCGCCUGCGCCAUAGGCUACCAGAACCGCAACAUCGUCCCUGACAUAACGGACAACUUCAUUUGUCAAUGGGAGCAAUGUGAGCAACCGUCCCAAGUGAAUCCAGAAUGGUUCUAUCGCCACGUGGAGAUGCAUAGCCUGUGCAUCGACGUACCCCCGGGAGAUAAGGACUGUUUGGUGCGCUGUGGCUGGAAAGACUGCGGGGCCACGUUCAAAGGGCGUUUCAAGCUGCGGGAGCACCUGCGAAGCCACACCCAGGAGAAGGUGGUGGCCUGCCCUGCCUGUGGAGGCAUGUUCGCCAACAACACCAAGUUCUUCGACCACAUCCGACGCCAGACCGCUUACGAGGGGCAGAGGUUCCAGUGUUCCCACUGCUCCAAACGCUUUGCCACGGAGAGACUACUGAGAGAACACAUGAGGAACCAUGUGAACCACUACAAGUGUCCGUUGUGUGAAAUGACCUGCCCAUCCCCCUCGUCUCUCCGUAACCACAUCAAGUUCCGCCACAGCAACGAGAAGCCCUACAGCUGUGAAUACUGCGAGUACAGCUGUAAGAACCUGAUUGACCUGCGCAAACACCUGGACACCCACAGUGCCGAGCCCGCCUACCGCUGUGACUUCACCAGCUGUGACUACACCACCCGCUCCCUCCACUCCAUCAAGGCCCACUACAAAAAAGUGCACGAGGGAGAUUUAAUGGCACGCUACAAGUGCCAUGUGUGUGAGCAGUGCUUCACCAGAGGCAACAACCUCACCGCCCACCUCCGCAAGAAGCACCAGUUCAAAUGGCCCUCAGGACACCCCCGAUUCAGGUACAAGGAGCACGAGGACGGCUUCAUGCGCCUGCAGCUCAUCCGCUACGAGAGCGUGGAGCUGACGGAGCAGCUGAUGAGGGAGAGGCAGGAGAGCCGGGAGGGGGAGGAGGGCGAGGACUCUGCCCAGGCCGAGGGGCUGGAGCCCGGGGAGGAGGAGGACGACGACGAGGCCGGGGCAGGCACGCCCAGGGAGAUGGAGGUGGAGCUGCGAGGAGUGCUGUUGGAGGAGGAGGAGGAGGAGGGGGGACAGACUGUUGCCGGGAUGAGUCAGCAGGGAGAGAGUAUGUUCUAUGUGCUGACGAGUAGCUCACCUGACUCUGGGGAGGGCUCCGUGAUGCAGCAGCUGCAGGAUACCGCUCAGCAGCUGGGCAUGCAGGUGGUGUGACCGCUAACACACACACACACACACACACACACACACACCUGGGCCUUCCCAGGACAGUUUCUCCCUUGAGUAUGAGCAGAGCCACUGCAUCCGGAUGGGGAGAAGAGGCUGUGUUGGUAGGAUCCCCCAGCCUCGCUGCUCCUAUCCUGCCCUACAGAGCCUGGGAGGUCUCACAGGACGUCGGACUGAAAACAGAAGGCGGCAGAUGAAAUUGUUAUCACACCCAGGAGCGGUCUUUCACUUCCGAACGGUCCGUAGAGAGUUUGAAGUGUGCUGCUCUGAGUGAACAGACUCAGAGAGAUAUGCUGCUCUCCCAGGAGCUGGACUUUCUGUUGAGGCUGAGCGUGUUAUUUAGAAAGGAUAUUGUUUUCCAAUUAUGUAAUAACUGACUGACUGAAUCGUGUCACGAUUAGCAGAGAUUCGUGAGAUUCUUUUUAUUGUUAUUAUUAUAAAUAUUAUUAUUUUGCUCAAUAAAUUGUUUUUGUUUUUUUAACCGUCUUCACCUU